CUCAACCAGUCCUCAUCAGUUCGUUUAUUUCCCUCAUCCGUCUCUCUAAACUUUUCUACUCGUUUUCCGUCAUAUCUCUUCCCUCCUCAUCACCGUGUCCAAACACCACCACAAAACAUGUCUCCUCUCUACCUCCUUCCCUUCUUCUUCUUCUUCUUCUUCUUCUUCUUCCCUUCCCUUUCUCUCUCCUAUCUUUUCAACACUGUCUACCACAUAGACUGCGGCGGAUCCACCGACUCCACCGACAACUUCAACACCACCUGGCUAUCUGACCGCUUCUUCACCUCCGGCUCCUCCGGUCUAGUCUCCGAACCACUCCGGUUCAGAAGCCUCCAAGAGAAGACCCUUCGGUUCUUCCCAAUCUCCUCCGGCAAGAAGAACUGCUACAUCGUCCCGCUCCCGACCGGCCGGUUCUACAUCCGAACUUUCACCGUCUACGACAAUUACGAUGGCAAGUCCCACUCUCCCAGCUUCGACCUCUCCGUCGAAGGCACUCUCGUCUUCAGCUGGCGCUCCCCUUGGCCGGAGCAGGUUAGCCGCAUCGGCGCAUACUCCGAUCUCUUCGCCUUCGUCUCCGACGGCGAAGCCGACAUUUGUUUCUACAGCAUUGCCACCGAUUCACCAAUCAUCGCUUCUCUCGAGCUCAUCCAGAUCGAUCCGGCGUCGUAUGAUUCGGCCUCGAUCGGAAACGGUUCGGUUUUGGUUAAUUACGGUCGGUUGAGCUCCGGUUCGGAACAGUGGGGCCCGGGGUUCAGCAACGACGUCGAUCUCUUCGGCCGGACUUGGCAGUCAGACGCGGAAUUUCGGUCUCCGAACUCGGUCGAAGUCAAGGCCGUGUCGGCGAUAAAGAAUGUGGUGAAUACGGAUCAGAGUCCGAACUAUUUUCCGGUGAAAUUGUAUCAGACGGCGCUUAUGGGGACUGGAAAUGGUGCUUUGGAGUACGAAUUGCCUGUGGAUGCGAAGCUGGAUUACUUGUUGUGGUUUCAUUUUGCGGAGAUUGAUGUGAGUGUGAACAGGCAAGGGCAGAGAGUGUUUGAUGUGGUGGUAAAUGGUGAGAAUAUGAGUAGGGUUGAUAUAUUCAAACAGGUUGGGAGUUUUGCUGCGUAUGAUUGGUAUUGUACAGUGAAGAAUUUGAGUAGUACCAUUUUGAGUGUGAAGCUUGUCCCUGUUGUUGGUGUACCUAUAAUUUGUGGGCUCGAGAAUUAUGCGAUCGUCCCGGCGGAUCUCUCUACUGUUCCUGAUCAAGUGGUUGCUAUGAGCGCUUUGAAAGAGUCACUUCGUGUUCCAGAUAGAAUGGGUUGGAAUGGAGACCCUUGUGCUCCUACUAAUUGGGAUGCUUGGGAAGGUGUUACUUGCCAUCCUAAUAAGGAUGAAACUGCUCUUGUGAUCUUCCAAAUAGAUCUUGGGAGUCAAGGCUUGAAAGGGUAUAUUAGUGACCAGAUUGGUCUUUUGACAAACUUGGUAAGCUUGAACCUGAGUUCUAAUUCGUUGGGAAGUUCUCUACCCUCAGGCCUGGGUCUUAAUUCUCUUAAAAAGCUGGAUUUGUCUAACAAUCGAUUUACUGGGUCCAUACCAGAUAGUCUUGUUUCUUCAAAUUUGCAGCUUGUGAUACUGAAUGACAACUCACUGGAAGGACAAGUGCCAGAAGGUCUUUAUUCAAUUGGUGUCCAUGGUGGAGCUAUUGAUCUCUCUGGCAAUAAAGGCUUGUGUGGUGUACCUUCUUUGCCAGAAUGUCCACUAUUCUGGCGAAGGUACAGCUUGUCUACCGGUGGCAAAAUUGCAAUAGGCAUAUCAGCUGUGGUUAUGUUUUGCAUUCUUUUGUUAGUGAUAUACAUGUGCUGUAUCAGGAGGGGGCAUCACGAUUAUGACUUUGCUCUACCUCAAGAAUUGAUGGCGCUUUCUGCAAAGAGAAACAGAUAUCAUAGGCAGAAAUCAUUGAUGACUCUUGAAAUGGAGAGCCAACAUGCCAAAGGCUUCAUAUCAAAUUUGAACUCAAAUUAAAGGAGUCUUCUUGAAAAGGAGAAUACUGAUUUUGAUCAACGUCCCACGUGCCAAGAGGGUGUCAAGAGAGGACCUCGAAUGUAUUUAUAGAAAUUACACAUCAUGUGAAGUGAGGAAUGACACCGAUGCUCCAAAAAGAUCUGACUUUUGGGUUUUCAACUCUUUUUUUUCCCCAACAAUUCGCACUGAUAUGGGGUCUUGAAACCACAUGGUUUGUAGGAUGCAUUGUAUCUCAUUCAUAAAUCAAACUGAACAAAAACCAUAUGCCUCCCAAUGUAUCAUACCCAAUUUUCGGGCAUUUGAUGAAUAUAAUAUGUGAAUAUUUCAAAUUUCAUGCAUGGAGACGAUUGCCCCGUGGUGGUUCCAAGCGGCCCCAGGACAUUAUCACUGCAUGAGGUCUUGCAGAUCCUUGUCUCAAUGCCUUGACACUGACUGGUUGAGCUUGGAAUUAAUCAUUAUUUGUAUACUGCUGUAUAUUUUUGCAUUUUACUGUAACAAAAAUCAUCGUAAAGCUGUUUAAUAUACCUUAAUUGCUUGUGUUA